AUGACGGCGGACGAGCGCGCGGUGACGGUGACGGAGUACGUCAUGUUGCACUUGGGCGGAUCCAAACAUCGCGCCAAGUGUUUCGAGGACGAACCGCCGGAGGAGAAAGGCGAGGUCGACGACGAUGCGGUGCCGGUCGAAGCCGUGGAUGACGUGAAGGAUGAUGACGCGAGCGUGGGGAGGAAGCACGAGAGGGAUGAGGUAGAAACACCGAUGACGACGGUGCGCGUGGCGCGCGGAAAGCGAGACGAAGACGCGAGGCGCUCGGACGACGGAGAAGGCAUCACCGUGCGCGUUGAGGAUGAGUACGAUUGGGAGGGACGGUUACGAACACCGAAGAUGGCGAAGAGUGAGGUCGUGAGUGAUGUCGUCGAGCGAUUCGUUCCUUGGUGGGAGAACGUGGACUCGCGGGAUCCGCGGGCGGUGGGGCGGUGGGGCGAGGCGCUCGUGUAUCACUACCUUCUCGCCACGUUCCCAGCGCGCGAGAACAACGUCGUGGAGUGGUUGAAUGCGAACGAGGAGACGAAUAGUUUUUAUGACAUCAAGGUGACGGACAUCAAGACGGGUCUCGUGACGUUUGUCGAAGUGAAAUCGACGCGUUUUGACGACAAGAACGCGUUCGAGAUCUCCCCGUGGGAGUGGGAUUUUGCGACGAAACCGAGCGUGAAUUAUCACAUCUAUCGCGUGUACAACGCUGGUGACAAAUCACGGGUGCGCGUGCAAAUCAUCCGCGAUCCGGCAAAGCUCGUAAGAGAGCACAAGGUGUCCAUGGCGCUCGUCGUGUGA